AUGUAUCAGCUACGCUACAGCCUUGGUAUUGGCAUUGUCGUCAUAUUAGCGCAGUAUCGGCAACAGCACUUGUUUUUCACCAGUCGACACUCACUAUCAGCCAAAUACUCUGCGACCAACUUCCAAUCACCCAAUCAUGGCCCGUACCAUCGAUACUGGGAGCCUGAGAACGAGCGCCUCCAAUUCCAAGAAGAGCUAGUCGCAAAUCGCGCAGCUUGGAAGGUGCUUGGCGAAGGGUGGGAAGGCAAGGUUUUCGCCUAUAAAGACUCAGUCAUCAAGACUUUUACGCCGGGGCGUAGUCCUUUUCGCAAUUGUGCACCAAACAUGGCUACCAAAUGGCCAACGGAGAUACCCGCAUCCCUAAGAUUCGGAGGUAUCAGCACUGAAGACGAUACAAACACAACAUACCAUGGGUUUCUUCCAGUCAAGGCACACUUCGUGGCAUCGUCAUCUCCCGGAGCGCCAGCGGAGUGGCAUCUAGUCACUCCGCUAUUGGACGGUGGUAGUCUUGGAACACUGGCCGAACACUUGUACUCGAGGGAAAGGCCCAAGUCACACAGAGAGAUGGACGCAAUCUUUCGUCCAGCCUUCAAUCGACUACUGACGAGCAUGAGCACUCUCCAUGAUGCAGGCUACUGCCACGACGAUAUCAAGCCCUCAAAUAUCUUCAUUCAAGAUGAGUCACACUGGAUGAUAGGUGACUUGGGGAACGUUCGAGAAGUCUUCCACCCUUACCACUCAUCACGUAUUUGGACGGACAAUGGGCAGAUGGGCGACUGUCGAGCAAAUGACGCGGUACGGGCUCUCAAGACUUACCUCAAAUUCAUACAGUCCUCAAUAGCCGACGAUAACGAGUUCAACGUAGCGAUACUAGGAGGGCAUGAGCCUAUGAGCAGGCUCUUCUGGCGGACAUUGGCAGAUGCACGUUAUAUCAGUGCGGCGGAGCUCCACAAACGCUCCAUUGUCGAAUACCCGGAAGCGUUCUCAAGGACAGUGGACAACAGGAUUGCAAAAUCCGCGCGACAUGCUUCUCUUACAGGUCUCUUUUCACGGCGACUUGCAACGAAGCUGGCGGUUGACCAUGCGCUUAUGACGCGCAUAGAUGAAAGGAGUGCACGAUGGUGGGGAAUGGUUUGGCUAUUCGGACUGCCUGAUGCAAAACGUUGUGACCUAUAA